AUGGCAUCAAGGAAUCCAGCAACAGUCACAGAAGACUGCGCUGUAUUCUUUGGCCAUCACGGUCCGCUCAUCGCCAGCGGCGACAAAAUUGGCCUUCGCACCAAGAUAAAGGCUCAGCUCCGCUCAGUGCAAGCGUGGGAUUGUGACACAUGGAUUGGCCUCACACUCGACUUUCCCUUGGGAAAAGAUCAGAAAGCGAACGAGGCGGCCGGCUUUGGCGUGCGGUAUCGAGCCCCAGAACAUGGUUCACAAGACAGGUCAAAGCUUUGCGAUUACCACCAGAUCCGAAUCAAGUUUCCUCGUAACUUCUCCUACGAAGUCCAGCAAGGACAGUCUCCGAGUACGAUCACGAACGAGCACCUCAGCUACGUAAAGAUACAUUUUGAUGAGAGUCGAGCUACAAUCGAAGGCUUCGGUAUCCCUUUCGCGAACCAAGAAGACCACCAGGUUGAAAGCUGGAUAAACGGAGACGUCCCCAUCGCCGGAACAUACCAUCUUCUGGACAUUCUCCAGCAGCAAACUCUAUACCUCAUCCUGCCCUCAAAAAGCAGUCUUGUGAAGAUCCUCGGCACUACUCAAAACUUGUCGACUUUCCGAUACCCUUACAGUGAAGACUCUUCUUGGGAUUUUACUCGUUUUGAGAAAGAGCUCCGAGAAGACAAGGGCCAGCAGUUCGCGCCACUUUACAGUUCGAAAUGGAAUCACGAGGGAACGAUCCAUGACUGGGAUGACAACCUCUCAGUGAAACAUACCCGAAUGCCAGGCUACUUCUUCCGCUGUAAGGUGCCCGAUACUGGCGUCGAGGAUGGUCUUCACCUUGUAAUUCCUUUUUCUGAGCCACUCUUGAAGGCAAUUGGCCCGUCCUGGAGGCUUCUCAUCAAACAAAGAACCUUUAGGCUAGAAGUAUUCACCUCGCGACAAAGUCAGGAGUCCAUCCCGGAAGAAUGGUUCUGUCGCAUUGCGCCUUUAGGACGACUUGAUCGCUAUGCCCGACACCGAAAAAGCGCUACCGAUCUGAUCUUGGUCGUUAGGCGAAAAGUGCAGAUGAGGACCUACGAUGAUGAGAUAUGGGGAAGCUACCGCAUCAACAGCAGCAUUGACCAGGACCUCGACAAGUUCAAAAUGUUUGCCGACCGCCAGAGUGCGAGUGAGGCACUAUUGAAAGAGAAUAACAGUUGGAACUACGUGUCUUUGAUGUUCAAUAAUAAAUCCAACCGAUCUCAGCGCCGAAUUAAGGCUGUUAUUUCCUUUCAUCCUCAAGCACGCGCAUUCAAUCCCACUGCGCAAUGGCUAACAACAGAGAGGACUUCUCGAACUGAUACUCAAACAGAAGCCCUGCCUGACGACAUGACUCAAGAACAGCAGCUACUCUUUGAUGAAAUCAAUGACAAAAUGGGUCUGCAUCGAUCUGUUUUACGUGGCGCUGGAUUUUAUGACUGGAUGACGAAGACCGAUGGCAACAGCAAAUGGAGGCCACUCCCAACGAUUAACCUUCUCGACAUUGAUGAUCAGGCCUACGUUGACGCCAUUAUUGGAAUGGUUCUGCCCAAAGAUCGUGCCCGCUUCAGAUCCUAUCUGAGUAAUAGAACACUGGGCAUUGGUAUGAUUACAGGUCCUCCAGGAUCUGGAAAGACAGCACUGGGUGCUACUGCAACGCUGGCCUUACAGGCAAAGGUCGGCAAAAUUCUCUGCUCAGCGCCAACGGAUACAGCCCCUCUGGACGACUCAAGCCGGUAUCGUCGCAAGCUGGUCAUUCGACUGUACUCUUACCACGAAGAGAAGAACGCCUUUUACAUGCUUUUAACGAAACCUGAACUCGGAAAAGAAGUCCUAGAUGACUGGAAACUCCCAGGAGAGCCCAAUGGGGAUGUCAAUUGGAAGUUGCAUUUGUCUGCUGCCUACUGGCUUCUGCUUCUUUUCAGAUCGCCCGUUGUUGAUCGGAGUCUUGGACCUGAUGAUAGCUUAACAUUACAUAAGUUGCAGCAAGACAUCGACGAAGAUGAACAACUCGUGCCCAUACGAGAUGGUUUUCCUCAACUUAUCUCGGAAUAUCUGGACGGUCAUUUCAAUGAUCUCAUGGAGAAGUUACUUGAAAAAGCGGACAUGCUUUGCGUUACACCAAUAUGUGCACCAGAGCUCGGAUCAGCAUUUCGAGGAGAACCAUAUGUGGUAUGGAAGAGGAGAUCGGUACAAGGAGUUGUAGUUGAUCAAGCAGGAAUGAUGGACAGACCUGAUCUCUACCGUGUCUGGGGGAACACGCUGCUUCCAUGUUUUCUCAUUGGAGAUACAAGAUCGGAACAGCCAGCAGUUCAGACUACUGGUGAGAAAGAACCAGACUCGGAAAACUAUUACAAUCGCUUUGCCGGGGAUGGCCAACUUUCUGGCCUAGAAUUCCUGCAAGCAUCUGGCCUCCCAGUCUUGCGUCUCGAUACACAGUUUCGUGUGGCCAAGGGCAUGUACGACUUGGCUGCCCAAGUAUUUUACCCCCAUGUCCCACUUCGGUACCACCAACCCGACCACAAUAUGGCAGAGCAACAACCCGAUGUUGGACGAGAGCUUGAGGCUUGUGUGCGCAUGAAAUACCCAACGUUGCGCAAACCGCCAGGCGGCAUUCUACACCAGCCAUUGUUCAUUCAUCGACAGAACUCAACAGUUUACAAGGAUGUUGACGGCUCGCAGGCCUGUCAGGAACAGGACAGUGCCGUCUUGAGCUUUAUUGCUGGGUUAGUCACCCACUCGGCCAUUGAUCCAGCACAAAUCGUCAUUCUCACACCCUGGUACGCCAAUGCUGCACUCAUCGAGCGCAAGCGCAACCAAAAGAGGUUCGAACUUUUGAAGAAUAUGCCGGAAGCCGCCACCAUCGAAAGCUAUCGUGGAAGAGAGGCCGAUGUCGUUGUCGUGGUGAUGUCCACCACGCGUGACACAGGACCUGACAUCACAGCGAAUGAGCAUUUGCUCAUCACCAUGCUCACCCGCCACAAGAGCGGAUUGGUCAUUUUAGGGGACAUUUGUACGAGUGGGGUAAUCGGAGAGGACCGUAAUGGGAAGCUCUUCAAGAUCAACAAACCUGGGCAAGAGCUCAAUGCGUUGCAGAGGAUUGAUGCGACACUCUUUGAUGAGGGUCGAGUCGUGGUGUUUUCCACGAAGCUGAGCAAGCAAUGA